CUCAGGUCUCUCAGUCCUCUCUGUCCUCCCUCUCAGUCUAAGAAACAAGCUGGUUCCUGUGCUGAGGACUUCUUUUCUUGUUUACCAGUAGCCUUUUGGCCUGGCCAAAGCAGAGACAAAAGAAAUGGAAAGGGGUGCCAUGUGAUCUCCUCACAUACCAACUUUCAAACAAAGUAUGUUUAAGAAGAUCAGGUGACGUUGUCUUGGGAUUUGUCUCCCUGCAACAAAUCGAUUUAGGAAGUCUGGAUCCUCAUCUAGCUUGCUGCACUGUGCAGUAUACAUAUAACAGUGGUUUCCACACAGCAGUUCAUCCUGGGUUAAGCAGCUCAAGUGUGCCCCAGGGAGGGCAGGGAGGCCAUGGAGGUUCCUCUGGUAAACUUUGAGAACCUGGACGACAUUGGAAUUAACCUAGGAGACCCAAGUGACUCAGGAUAUCCAGCUUCACCCUCUUCAGAGACACCAGAGCAUAACCAGCUGACCCGUGGUCUGGAUUCACCAGCGCAUUCACCACAAAGAUAUAGGAGGCCUGGAAACACAACAACCUCUCCUACAACACUCACUAAGAAAGGAACCUCAAGUUGCAACAGUCUCAUCUCUAACUGGAAGGUACUUAUGAACAGUGAAGGCAGCCCCUGUGAGGCUCUCCUAGGGAAGGUGGCUAAAGACUGCUGUGAUGACUUGUUUGCAGAAAAGCAGAACCUUGACGAAGGAGACCAAAGAGUAGUCAUCAAUGUCUCAGGAAUGAUGUAUGAGACAACUCUUAAAACCCUGAACCAGUUUCCUGACACUCUGCUUGGGGAUCCUAAAAGGAGGAUUGACUAUUUUGACCCCAUGAAAAAUGAGUAUUUUUUUGAUCGCAAUCGCCCAAGUUUUGAUGGAAUUCUAUACUUCUAUCAGUCCGGUGGUAAGAUCCGCAGACCAGCAAAUGUACCAUUAGAUGUAUUUGCUGAUGAGAUUGUCUUCUAUAGGCUGGGCCAUGAAGUGAUGGAACAAUUCAGGGAAGAUGAAGGUUUCAUCAAAGACCCCGAACCUCAGUUGCCGACAAGUGAACUUUACCGUCAGUUCUGGCUCUUAUUUGAAUACCCAGAGAGCUCUAGUGCCGCCAGAUCUGUUGCCGUAGUGUCUGUUCUUGUCAUCACUAUCUCCAUUUGUAUCUUCUGUCUAGAGACUCUUCCUGAGUUCCGUGAUGAUCAUGAAUUCCCCCAGAAAGUUGUUAACUUAACCCGUGAUGUCAAUGGAACACUUUUGUCCCCAAGUCCACCUCCCAAAUCCCUGGAAUCUACCUUUACAGAUCCUUUCUUUGUAGUAGAAACUAUAUGUAUAAUAUGGUUCUGCUUUGAGCUAGGAGUGCGCUUUGUUGUGUGCCCCAGCAAAAGUGAGUUUUUCAGCAACAUCAUGAAUGUGAUUGAUAUUGUUUCCAUCAUGCCGUACUUCAUCACAGUAAUCACAGAGCUCAUGGCCACUCAUGACUCAGCGGCAAAUCAGAACAUGUCUUUUGCCACAUUACGUGUCAUCAGACUGGUAAGGGUGUUCAGGAUCUUCAAACUCUCUCGUCAUUCCAAGGGGCUACAAAUUUUGGGGCAAACCCUAAAGGCCAGUAUGAGGGAGCUUGGCUUGCUCAUCUUCUUCCUUUUCAUUGGAGUCAUCCUUUUCUCCAGUGCCAUUUAUUUUGCUGAGGUUGAUGAACCUGAAACACAAUUUGUGAGCAUCCCAGAGGGGUUUUGGUGGGCUGUGGUCACCAUGACAACAGUUGGCUAUGGUGACAUGUGCCCAAUUACCUUGGGGGGAAAGAUGGUGGGAAUCCUCUGUGCCAUCGCUGGAGUGCUGACAAUUGCUCUGCCUGUUCCUGUCAUUGUUUCUAACUUCAACUAUUUCUACCAUCGUGAAACAGAGCAGGCAGAGAAGCAAGUGAUGGAUGCAGCUGCAGAGGCUGCUGCAAAUCAGAAGACUGAUGAUAAACAUGACAGUAACUAUUCUCUAGACAAGAGCAAUGGGAACUGGCCGACUGAAAAAAAUGGCAUUCCUUGAAACAUGUAGUGCUGCUAAAACCAGCAUUACUAGCAAUACAAAAAAAAGACAGAACAAAGAUGCACUUAGAAAACAUAAUUUUGGAUGAACACUAACUUAAUGUAAUGCAUAAAUCAACAGUACUUUUGCUGUAAAGUCAUAUCAGGAAACUUAGAUAGUGAUGCUGAGCAGGCCAAAGGCUGCUAAAAACACGGAUUUACCUUAAAAAAACAUUUUAGUCAAUCUGCCUUUUGAAGAACCAGAGUGGGGCAAUUACGAAGGCCGAUUAAGUAUCUUACCCCUUUAAUGCAUUCUAAGCAGCUUAUCAGCAGUAGAGAUUUAUUGGCACUGAACAAAAUGUAACAGCAAAAAUGUAAAGAUGCUUACUAUUUUUUUAAAGAAUCUACCUGCACUGAGGCUUCUAAAUGGUUAGAAAUUAGGUGCCUGUUUUCUUUUUUUUCCAGAGCCCAUUACUUGAUGAUUUUGCACACCUCACCUGCUCUCACAGCUGCACUUUGCUGAACAUGUUUUUCCUUGACACUCAUGCUGACAUAACCUUUGACACUGCUGCUUGAGAAGAAAAAAAAAGCUUACUCCAAACUGUCAUCCAUCCUUCAAUAUCUCUAAAGAUGUCCCUUUAGAUUUAUGAGUCUUAUUGGUUCGAGUUCUUACAACAGAUUGAGAUACUGUACUAUAUUUAGAUGACCCAUGCUGUCAUUAUAGCAUCCACUAUUUGUCCCACAUUAUUCAGGAGUUGCUAUUUAUACCAAGACAGUUGUAAAAUUGGGAGUGUGGCCUGUAACCUGGAAUGCAAAAUUCACAGCAUUACUGUGAAGCAUCAUAUCAUUUUGAUCACAUAGUUUAAACUGGGCAUGAAUCAAUGUGAAAGAUGUGUACAUUUUCUUAUGGUUGGUUUGCAAAAGCUACAUAGCAAUAUGUAGUAUAUAGUGUAAAUUCAAGCAAUAUAAUUGAAUCUGCUGUAUACAUGUAGAAUUUGAUAUUAAUCGAAGAUCUGAUGUUGCAGUACACAGCAAAUAGCUAAUGGCUUCACUCGUUCCCAAAAUAUGCACUCAGGAGUGUUAUGGCCAUAUAGUGCACACCAUGCAUGAGGUGAUCUCUGUUACUGACUUAUAGAACUACCUCUUAGUUUGAAUGCAGGAAGAAAGUCUAUCUAACGUGUUUUUAGAAGGCUAUUAGGUGAAAGUGUAGCAUAUGUUAACUGUAACCUUGGGACUUGUAGUUUAGCUAAGUUAGUCAGUGCUAAGACAGAGAGCAUGACAGUACUCUGCAUGAUAGCAUACAUACUGUUAAAAAAAAAAAACUCAACCAAAGCAACAAAAAGGAACUGUAAUUUAUCUCAUAUGUUUUAACCUAAAUGAUUACUUUAAAUUUUUUAUAACAUUUCAUAAUGCAUUACUAAAAUUAAAUUAUGAUUAUAUCUAACAAAUUAGCACACCAGUUAAUGUCAUGAAUAUACUUAAAUAUUGGUUCCUUGACUUGCAAACUCACAAACUUUCAGUAACUGCUUUAUCCUGAUUAGGUUAAGGAAUGUAUCCUGGGCCAGUUCAUCUCUGGACACCACACACACACACACUUCAAUGCUCUUAAAAUCGAAAUAUUAUCUUUAUUUAUUACCUACAAUUACAAAGUACUUGCACUGUACUCUGACAUACAACUAUGCAGUAACCAUAUGUUACAAAUGCUUUUUAGGAAAUUACACUUAUUUUUGAUUAAUAAUAAAUUGUAUAAAUGUCGCACAGCUGCUCAUUUUAAAUAGCAUUUUCAAAACCAUAUAGUACCAUUUACAUUCAUUCAUUAUAGCAAUAAAAUUCUGCACUUUUUAAAUUAAUUUUCCACUUAUAAUUGGUAAUUAACUCAAACAACUAUAGCAGAUAAAUGCCAUGCAUAAAAACUAAUGGUAAACUUUGUUUAAUUGUUUUCAAAACCAUUAUUUAAAAAUACAAUGCCAAAACCAGACUUAUUUAGUAUUAUUUAAACUGCAAUCUGACUUGAUGUCUUGUUUGGCAUUUAAUAAUCCAUUGUGUCAAUGGUAAAUGUUAUGGGAAGAAAAAAACACCAAUAAAAACAUUGCAUGCAUAGCAUAUGUUAGAAUGUACCGAUGUUACAUGUUCAUAAAAGCCCUAAGACCCUAAAAGGACACUUGGAAUGCUUACAGACCAUUGACAUUGCUAGCAGUAGUUUAAAGCCUUGAAAUUAUAAUAGAUUUAAGCAUUACAUGAAAGGGUGCAUGGAAAAAAAAAUGACCAUAGAAGCAUUAUAUUUUAAUCGUGAUAUUCUGAGUGCCUUUAAUUAAACACAAAUGUUAUAAAAUGAAAAAUAUAUUAUUUUCUUUAUCCUUUUUCAAACUGUCUAUGCAUUGUCCUGGUGCAGGGUUUGUGCAGUAUGCAUAAUGGUAUAUGCAUUAUGGUGUAAUAAAAUUGUAAAUUACUUCAUAUCAAAACUCAUGUACAAAGAGGUUUCCCUUUAAUCAAUGAUUCAUAAACAAGCAAUGUGUAAUGGAACAGCAGUGUUUUUUAUGUUGUUGUAAGCAUUUAUUAGUACUAAUUUCCAAAAUAUAUGACGUUAACCACAAACAUUAAAUUUAUGAUUCUGUUGGUUGAGAGAUUUUUGUUUUGACCAGGUGUGUGAAGUCUGAGAAAAUAUUAAUCUUUAAGUACACAUAGUAUCUCUGCCCUGUAUGUAAAGUAAUCUCAAAAAGUUAAAUGUCAAUGUUAGUCAUAGCUUGUCCACAGUAAUAUUAAACUAAAAGCUCCUCUGUGGAUAGAAUAUUUGAACCAACAUAAAAGACACCAUCAGUCUUGUUAAGAUUAAGUCAGACUUUUCUCAUUUCUAGAGAGUUCAGCUAAAUUCUUUCAUCUAACUGGCUUGAAUUAUCACAGAGGGAGUGAAAUAGAAAACCUACAUCCAAACUUAGCCAGCAGCUGACACUGCAGUUUUUCCUUCCUGAACCCAGUUUUAAUUUGGGUGCAUUGUUUGCCUCUAUCAUACCAAACGUCUCCAGCCACUGAGACUGAGUGACUUUGCUGAGUCAAAAUAUUUGAUCCAAGUUUUGUGUUACAUUUAUGGAAGCCCUAAUGACCUUCAGAUGUGACUUUGAAACAAUAGAAAAAACCUAUAAUACUAUAAUUAGCUCAAAUUUACCAAUGAGGUUUGAUGUGGUCACAGAAUUAAGACAGCCAUGGUUGUUAUAAAAAAUUGAGCAUUUUAUUACAUUACAUUAAGAGAAAAUGAUCACUAUAUGCAAUAUGAGUCAGCUUGACAUUUAGGCAUGAGGAAUGUGUUACCUGGAGGUGAAAGUGCAGCACUGGUAAUAAAAUAUUAAGCAGUUCAGACAGCAAUGCAACCUAAUAGCAUGCAUAUGUUAUGUAAGAGAAUGCUGUUGGAGAAUUCUGGUUAUGUUAGAUGACUGCUAAGGAUUGAGUGACAGACAUCUGAGUAGUGUUAUUUCUGCAGAAUAACAUAUUUGUUGAGUGUCUGUAAAAAUGAACAGGGAAGAAAUAGCUCAAAAGCCACAUUUUUUCAAUGUACUACGUUUUGAAAAUGAUGUCAAAUGAAUUCAGA